AGCAGUCGGCUGCCACUCUGGUCCGUAGCCACGAUGGAUACAAUACCUUGCGCUUUGUUCCUCCUGCUUUUUGUAACAAGGAUACAGGAAAAUAAUGCCCUCCAAUGUCACUGUGAGCGCUGCAGUGCCAACUCAAGCUGUACAACAGAUGGCGUCUGUUUCGUCAAUAUCCGCAAGACAGGCAACCGGUUGACGACGGAGCUGCGCCAUUGUGUUCCCGAAAAAGAACUGUUCCCGCGGGAUCGACCCUUCAUCUGUGCCCCAUCCUUCAAGCAUGACACAGUCCUUUAUCCGAUUUGUUGUACCACAGAUUAUUGCAACAAGGACCCUGACCUCACCGUUAUCCCUGUCCCCACUGCAAAGACUCCAUCUCUGGGACCUGUAGCUCUUGCUGCGGUGAUUGCUGGACCAGUGUGUGUAUUCUGCUUGCUGCUCGUUUUGGCCUUCUAUGCCUGCCAUAGCCACCGGGGGCUGGGGGCCGGCGGGGCAGGAGCCCACCAUCACCACCACCACCGGGUACCCAAUGAGGAGGAUCCCUCCAUGGACCACCCAUUCAUCACAGUUGGAACAACAUUGAAGGACCUAAUCUAUGAUAUGACCACCUCAGGUUCAGGAUCAGGGCUGCCACUUCUUGUCCAGAGAACCAUUGCCAGGACCAUCAUCCUCCAGGAGAGCAUAGGGAAGGGGCGUUUCGGGGAGGUGUGGCGAGGGAAAUGGCGUGGUGAGGAAGUGGCUGUAAAGAUAUUCUCCUCCCGGGAGGAACGGUCUUGGUUCCGAGAGGCUGAAAUCUACCAGACCGUGAUGCUGCGACAUGAGAGCAUUUUGGGCUUUAUCGCCGCAGACAACAAAGAUAAUGGGACAUGGACUCAGCUGUGGCUUGUGUCAGACUACCAUGAGCACGGCUCGCUGUUUGACUACCUUAACCGCUACACUGUCACCGUUGAAGGAAUGAUCAAGCUAUCCCUGUCCACAGCCAGUGGCUUGGCCCACCUCCACAUGGAAAUCGUUGGCACACAAGGUAAGCCAGCGAUUGCUCACCGAGAUCUGAAGUCAAAGAACAUUCUGGUGAAGAAGAACGGAACCUGCUGCAUUGCAGAUUUAGGUCUGGCUGUUCGGCAUGACUCAGCUACGGACACAAUUGACAUCGCUCCAAAUCAUAGAGUUGGAACCAAAAGAUACAUGGCUCCGGAAGUACUGGACGACUCCAUAAACAUGAAACAUUUUGAAUCUUUUAAGCGAGCUGACAUCUACGCCAUGGGAUUGGUCUUCUGGGAGAUUGCCAGUCGUUGCUCCAUGGGAGGAAUCCAUGAGGACUACCAGCUGCCCUACUAUGACCUGGUUCAGUCAGAUCCGUCAGUGGAGGAGAUGAGAAAGGUUGUUUGUGAGCAGAAGCUUCGCCCUAACAUUCCCAAUCGCUGGCAGAGCUGUGAGGCGCUGCGCGUCAUGGCUAAGAUCAUGAGAGAGUGCUGGUAUGCAAACGGCGCUGCUCGGCUCACGGCGCUGCGGAUCAAGAAGACCUUGUCCCAGCUCAGCCAACAGGAGGGAAUCAAGAUGUAGACGGCAAACUACCAAACACACUUCUGACUGGCAUCCAUAUCAUUCGCAUCGUUAUCAUCCACAUUGUUAUUCAUUCAUUUUUCUCCCCUCUCCUCUGGAUUGGAAGGGAAGCUCAGACGAUAUUUCCCCAGUGGUCUCGUUUUCUCACCCUUAACUGAAUGGUGAGUUCUCCAUUUACAAAUGAAGACACCUGAAUCCAUUGAUGGAUGGAUGGAUGAGUGGGUGGAUAAAUGGCAGAAUCUGAUGACGGCAGUGCCUGAGGGCCAUAAGAGUGGCAUUAAAGGAAGCCUUCGCUUAUUUUCCUCCAUGCUCCUUUACUCAUUAAAGGAAGACUCUUCAAGACCCAUUAGGGCAACGGGAGUCCAUCCCAGUCUGGUCUUCAUUGCUCAGACACCCUCAGGUAGAUUAAACAGCAGACAGUCAGCUGGUCUCACCUGAGAAACCGCUGAGCUGCCUUACAUAUUCAUCAUCUCUGCCUCAUUUGUAUAUUAGCAUCUCAUUAUUCACUUCACUGGGCUAUAAGCUACUCGCCUCAUUCAACAUUUUCUCUGAUGUGAUUUGUCACAUUAGCCCAAUCCACAUGGACAAUUUACAAACACAAACACAUUCUUUGAAGAAUGUCAUGAUACAAAGUGCUCCCACAACACUAAUGCAUUCUAGUCUGGGGUUAACCAUCUUUAGUUUGACUUUACAGUGAGAAAUACACAGGACAGGUAGUCAUUUGUAUUGGCCUAGUUCAUGGAAACUACUAUGAAAUGCAGAAAGUCCUUCAUGAGUCAUUCUUAAGCAUUUUUGUUGUACUGGGAGCAGCAAAAUGAAGUCAUUGUUUGCCUGAGCUAGUCGAAAAUUUGCUUUGAAGUUCAGCCUUGAUGAAAAGUAUUUUAGCAUAAUUAUUAUUCAUCAUACAAUAGACGGUGGAUGUGAGUAGCACUGGGGACUGAAGCAUGGACCAGAGUAUUACGACACCCUGUUUGUCAUCGCUUCACCAAUUUUGCACCUGGUUUUUAUUUUCUUACUCAUGUAUUAUUUCCCCCGUCUCCACCUGUAUUAUGGCGAUGGAAAGGUCAGUUUAAUUUAUUGUUUUUUUUGUCUUUUCUUUGGAGUGGCAGGGCAUCUUUUUUUUCUUUUGAAAAGUUAAAACUGGACAUGAUGACCUUGUUUAGUUUUGGCAAACAUGCUGCAUCAUAUGCAAUUUACAGUAUAUAAAUGUGUCUAUUUUCUAUUCUCUGCUAAAAUUACAAACAACAACAACAAUCAGCCGCCAUCAUGCCUUCCAGUCCAGCUGUUACCGGAAAGUGCCAGUGCUUUAAAAAACAAAAAACAAACUCCUCUUGCCGGUUGGUGUGCAUUUGUUUCUUGCAUGUACGCAGCUAUGUGUGCGCGUGUGUGUGUGUGCGUGUGUGUGCGCGCGUGUGUGUGUGUGUCAGAGGAGGCCGAGCAUACACUAGCUCGUACUAUGCACACCCAAAAAGUCCAGAAGGAAAGGAAAGAUAUGUAACACAGCGCACAACGCCGAUAACAACCCAGCCUCAACCCUCUGGUGCCAUUUCAUGACCUGCCCUUUGAACACGUGAACACACAAACACCUCAGCAAACAACUCUUUGGAUUUCUUGUCCUCCUGGUGUAGACCGUCGGUGUCUGGAAACUGACCAUCAGUGAUGAUCUUUUUGUUUGGGGGCAAUCAGCGUCACAAAAGCUUUCAAACACUUACAGGAAUGACAGAUGUUGGCCCUGUGAAUACAAUCUGUUGGAUUUCUAAAUUUCAUGUUAAAUUCCUGUUUGUGCAGCCCUGUAAAGUGGUCUUUUAAAAAGUCUUUCUUCAUGCAACAACAUAGUCAUUCAAAAGCCCAGUUGUUGGGGACCCCCCAGAACCGACACAGCUUUAGGGACCAACACACAGGAACUUCUGUCUACAUAUGCGAGAGGUCAUCAAAACUGUCGACAAGAAAAGUAGUUGCUCAAAGGUUGUUCACCAUUUCCAUCAAGUUUAUCCCCUAAACUGACAAAAUCAAGAAUUUCAAUCCUAUGGAAAGCUGAGCAUUGAAUCAAUAUUCUUCAUAUCCAUCUUAAGCUCCGUGUACACGUGUGCUCUAUGUCCUCACUAUAGGACACGUACAUGUUACCAGUGAGGCAAAACUGCAUUAGUUGACAUCUGUGCGCUACUAGUGAAACAUUAGAUAUUAACUACACUGAAGUAGAAUUUUGAAGUGUUACUCGUAGCACGUAGUUGCCAGUAACAUGUAGUUGUCCUACUCGUGAGAACAAAGAAUACUAGUACGUGGACCUAAAGAUGGAUAUGAACGAUAUCGAAUAAAUGCUCAAACAGCAUUCCAUAGAGCCUCCUUCUUUAAGUUUCAGCAGUUGAAAUAAGAUUCACAAGGACUAACGGGUCUAACCCAACCCCCAAAAUGAUUAAAUAACUAAUUAAGAGGUGUGUCCAUAUCAUCUAAUUUUUGCCUGCAAUAUCUGCAAUCGGGUCACUUUGCCUCAAGGAAAUAUUUGCAUAUUGGAAGGGCGGGGAAACCAUAACAAAUCAUCAAAAAUAUCAAAUCCAAACAAAAACAUAUUGAGCAUUUUAUUUUGGGUCACACCUCAUGCAUGUAUUUCAGUAGAAAAUGAAAUAUCCACGUUCACUUGAGUAUUUAGAGAUCUACUCAAUGCAGUAUUUUACAACAAUCCUCAAAUACAUCCCUAUGAGGUUUUCUAAGUUUGUCAGCCUGGCAUUUGGAUUAAUUUCAAGGCUGUAAUAACAUUUUCAAAGCGGGUGUUCGUAAACUGUACAGCCAAAAUCACAUGUAGCACCUGGUUUCACCGUCAUGUUUGUUCUGUUGCCAAUAUUACUCUACUGUACAUUUAAAUCAUCGGAUAUGUUUGCCUUUGCUAUUUGUGUCAAAGCCAUUGUAAUACAGAGACCAAAACAUUGAAUUCAAUGCAGCUUGUUACAUGGGCAAUAGAAAAUCCACAUCUAUUUGUGUUCACUUUGAUUCCCUUGGUGUUUAACUGCGUGGCAAUUUGUCUACGGUGUUUUUCUUAAUAGCUUUGUGAUGUAUUGACGUGCUGCUUAUUUCUCCGACUCGCUUUCCCUUUUAAAGGCGAUAGCUGCCAUUGGAUGUAAAUAUCCUCACAUCGCUUAGAAUCGAGUCUUCUGUUCCACGUCGUCAAUGCGAAUCACGCCUGUUUUGUUUGUUUAGGUUGGGAAAACCACCGUGCCAAUUCACCAUGACCACUGAAUCCGAGCAGCUUGUUCAUAUGAGCAUUUAUUUUAUAGAUGCAACGAUAAGUAAGCCGUGAAUGAAAAUUUAAGUAAAUGUAUAUUUUUCAAGAACAACUAUGGAUUGGUUCUAUUCUUAAAUAACAUAUCUGAAGAUAUCUAAUCUGACGUAAUCCCCUUGUUGGUUGGUGUAGGGAUUGGUAAAGCCUCGUCUUUAAUGUGCUGUGUGAAACGGAGUUGUGUAAAAAAUGCCUUCUCAAAUUAGAUUUUGAUGAUGUCUGCUCACGUCAAAUUCAUACCUGUCCUAGUUGAUUUUGAAGGAACAUUCGACAAGGUUAAAUAGCAAGUGAAGUGGUCGUUUAUCCAGGGCGUUAAAUAAAAUAAAAAGACUGAAACUCCUUUCGUGUUACAAGAAAUGAAUAGGAUAUUAAAUGAACAAGAUUACUGACUAGAGUGAUGGAUUGUUCUGUCUAGGCCUUGGAGGACAAAGUGAUUGGUGGUGUUGGUGGAAUAAGAGCAAAACCUAGGGUGGGACUGUCGCUGUGUGUCUUGUAGGUUCCAUUAGCAACGUCAUUUCUCUGGGAUCUGUAUUAAAAGAAAAAAAAAGAAAAUACUCUACUGCACCUCUGGAAUGUCAACUCAGACAACCCUCAUUCUUGUCUUAAAAGUCACCAGCAGCCUUGUACUUUUUCUUUUUCUUUUCAAAGCCCAAGGUGACUUAAAUGUACAAAAAAAAACCAUUUUUUUUAAUGCUUUGUUACCUUUGUCUUGUCAUUCCAUGUGCUCUAUUCUCAUAGCUACAAAGGCCACACUUCACUGCAGCUUGCAGCUCAAGCUCAGGUUUCACUUGACUGAAAGUACUAGAUUUCAUUUGUAUUUCAUUUUGGUGUAUGCUUGAAACAACCACGUUCAUACAAACAGGGGUAGUACACUUCGAAACACUAACCUUAUACUCACUUUUGUUGUUUUGGUGAACAAUCAAAAGCCAGGAUGGAACUUCCAAAUUGUCAGUUCAUUAUUGGAACAUAAACACUACUUACAAAGACAGUUGGAGAUACAGUGAAUCCUUGCAUAUUUGCUGUUCGGCACUCACAAAUUCCAAUUUUAUAUUUAUUUUUUUCCCCCAAAAUGUAUUUUUUCUUUCCAAUUACAAUACAUUGUCAAUUAUUUGUGGAUUUUUGCUGUUCCUAGCAGGGCUCUGUCUUAAACCCCCUCGAAUUGUGGGGGUCCAAUGUAAAUAUUAGUCAUUAACCUUUGUUUCAAGCAUACAUUGGCGUGACUUUUUAAAGUGACUUUUUGGUUGUGAUAAAAUUGAUUCAGUUCUCAACACAUUUAAAAAGGCUGAAAAUACAUACAGUACAUGUACUGUAUGACUUUUAGAGACGAGUGGCCGUUUUCCUGCUCUGUGUGUUGGAGAGCUAAAAAAAUAAAAAAUAAAAAAUAGGGACACCGCAAACAAUGCCAGCAGCUCUACCACCUCAGGCCAUAAACAGCUGUGAAUAUAUCGACUAAGCAUCCGAGAGUGUCCAAUCGGAGCACAAAACCUGCGUCACAACCCAAAGGUCACGACAGCAGCUUGUGAGCAUGCAAAUAUCGACAACACAGGUCGUCUUCUCUCUUUUUUAUGCAAAAACUGCGAGAGCAUCGUCCGCACAGGUUCAUCGAUUUAGUGUCUAUGCUUAUGUGAGCCACACACUGUGAAAAGGACCAACGUUGCUCCGAAAACGGUCCAGGCAACGAUCAAGUUGUAGCCCUACACUCAACUACGGGGAUCUAAAUAUUACCUGACAAAAAGGCUUGGGUCAAUAAAGUGCUCAGAAAGGCUGCAGUGAAGCUGUUGUGGCAUUAGAAGUAGCAGAAAGCUUUUUUUAAAUAUUUUUCUUCAUUGACUUUUCAAAUGCCAAGACUACACGUGAUUGUCCCUUUUGCUUUACAGUAUAUAGAAGUCAUCCUGAAGCUGAACAUCAUCAUAAUCAUAAUUAAGCUAACAAAAAGAUCGCUUUUUAAAAGAAAAUACCUCCACUUUAAAGACCAAUGUGUUUUACCUCACUGUAAAUAUAGUCUCUAUUUGUUUACUCCCAUUUGUUUUUAUUUCUAUGAAAUGCUUAAGAAAUUAAAGAGAAGUUUUGUUUUCUUUCUUCUAUGGUACCUUUUUUGGUCACGCGGCAUCGUGUUGUGUUUGUGUAGAGUCCAAACAUUGACGAAACGAUUCCUCAUUGCCAUUCAUGCUCUGUAUAUGACCUGUUUUGCUAGUGUUGUGCUACAUGAACUGUACAGUCAAACGUGCUUUACAGAUGUCAAGCCCCAUUCUGAGCUCUGCUACAAAUGCCUUGUUCAAUAUGCGCUGUCUUAAAAACAAACAAAAAAAAGUCAGAGGUGUUUGAGGUGCCCUCCUCACCGCGUGACCCCUCUUGGAUUUCUGAACAUAUUAUCUUGACUUUUUUUAUAUAGUGUGUACAGAUGAUUGAGAGAUCAUAGGAACUAGAAGGCUGAAACAUGUUAACUUUUAACAUAGCUGGAGUAGAAAAUGGUGUGAAUAAAGAAU